UGGGACAGGUAGAGGGAGGGGUGCUAGUUGCACAUUGUGGGGAAGGAACUAGUGAAAAGAACUGAGAGGCUAAGGAAGGAACUUGAGAUGAAUUUUAACUCCACGGAAGGUUCAUUUGACUCCUACUUUGGAAUUCUGUUCCCUAGAUGAGGUAGAUAAAGCUCAGAUCCCUGGAGCUCAUCUUCCCACAGUGCAGAUUUCAGUUAGACUGAGAAGAUUUCCAUGCCUACUGACAAGAGAGAGUGGGCAGGUGUGACUGAUGAAUUCUUUUUUACACUAAGGAUCAAGACUGGAAGGAGAGACCUCUAGAUGACAGACUUUUGUAGAAUCCUCAUCCUCAGUUCUCCCACCUGCACUUUCUCCUGCUGUUCAGAAUCCUCAGGCAGGAUAUAAGUUCUAUUCCUGCUUUGUGCCUGUUAGUUUCCACUACAUCCUUAUCCUCGGGACAGGAUUCAGGCAUCAACAUGAAGUGCAUCCUGUUAACCUUGCUGAUGGUGACUGGUGGUGUUUCAUUUGUUAGUGAAGACACGGAAGGGGUAAAUCAUCUUCUCUACUUAUUAUACCUGCAUUCCAGUUACCAGUCCUGUGUGGGGACUCUGAUUGCCCCUCAGUGGGUGUUGACGGCAGCACACUGCUUCUUACCUGAUCUCCACAUCAUCUUGCAUGAUGGUUCCCGAAAUUUUCAAGGCUUUCCUGGGGAGAUUCUACCUUAUGAGAAGAUCAUCAUUCACCCAAACUUCACUGUUACUUCUCCUAAAAAUGACCUAAUGCUGAUAAAGUUGUCUGUGUCUCUCACCUUCUUCUCCAACCAGGUUUUUCAGUUGCCUACUCUCAAGAAGAAUGAAAUUAAAGAUUGCUUGAUUCACACUUGGUUACAGAAUGAAUUUAUCGGAAAUCCACACAGUGACCUGCACAGCAUUAAGACUCAAGUGAAUCCUGUUUUAAACUGCAAAAUAUUGCUGGGUGAAAAAAUUCUUGAAGACAUGUUCUGUUUGGGAGACAUAGUAGGAAGAAAAGAGCAAUGCCAGGUGGUCACAGCUGCACCAGCUAUAUGUGGCAGUGAAUUACAAGGAAUUAUGUCUUGGGCAACUGGAUGUAUUCUGACAGGAUAUGCUAUUGUCAUCACUGACCUCCACAGCUACACUCCAUGGAUCAGGAACAUUAUUUCUACAAAAUAAGCUGAUAUAGAGCUCCAUUGA